AUGGAGCGCAGAUACUCGUCUUCUGCGCCACUAACUAAGGAGCUGGUCGACCAGUUUCGCGAGUCGAUGAUUCGCGACCUCAAAUUCGAUCCGCCUUACGUUUUUGUCAUUUUUGGAGCUUCGGGAGAUCUUGCGAAGAAAAAGAUCUACCCAACAUUGUGGUGGCUUUUCCGAGACAAUCUUCUUCCGGCCAACAUCAAGUUUCUCGGAUACGCCCGAUCGGAUUUGAAUGUGGAAAAACUAAAAGCAUCGUUCGAAAAGUUUUGCAAGGUGAAAGAUUCGGAGCGCAAUGGCUUUAAUAAAUUCAUUGAGCAUUGCUCAUAUGUUCAGGGAAAAUAUGACACUUCAGAAGGCUAUAAAAAGAUUGAGGAAUACAUUGGAGAAUUUCAAAAGGGAAGCAACAAUCAACCAGUAAACCGCCUGUAUUACCUCGCUCUCCCACCAUCAGUUUUCAAUGUUGUAACUAAGGAGUUGAAAGAAAACUGCAUGGAUCAUGGUGAUUCUUGGACUCGAAUUAUCAUCGAGAAGCCGUUUGGACAUGAUUUGGCUUCAUCGUGUGAAUUAUCUAAACAUUUGGCUCAACUGUUCAAAGAAGAGCAAAUUUACCGCAUCGACCAUUAUUUGGGAAAAGAAAUGGUGCAGAAUUUGAUGGUCCUUAGAUUCGGAAAUCGAAUUCUAUCACCAUCAUGGAAUCGCGAUCAUAUUGCAUCUGUCAUGAUCUCGUUCAAGGAAGAUUUCGGAACUGGCGGUCGCGCUGGAUAUUUCGACAAAGCUGGAAUCAUCCGAGACGUCAUGCAAAAUCAUUUGAUGCAAAUAUUGACUCUCGUUGCCAUGGAAAAGCCGGCUUCAUUGAAUGCUGAAGACAUUCGCGAUGAGAAAGUCAAGGUUCUCAAAGCUGCGAAAGUAGUUGAGCUAAAGGAUUUGGUUAUCGGACAAUAUGUCGCCAAUCCCGAUUGUUCUCAUCCGGAAGCUGCUCAAGGCUAUAAAGAUGAUGAAGCUAUUCCAAAAGAUUCGAAAACUCCGACAUACGCAUUGGCUGUUGUUCACAUCAAUAAUGAGCGAUGGGAAGGUGUUCCUUUCUUCUUGAGAUGCGGAAAAGCUCUUAAUGAAAAGAAAGCUGAAGUUCGGAUACAAUUCAAAGAAGUCAACGGUGAUAUUUAUCCACCUGGUGAGCUCAAAAGAUCUGAGCUUGUCAUGCGAGUUCAACCAAAUGAAGCGGUUUACGUGAAACUGAUGACCAAAAAACCAGGAAUGGGUUUCGGUGUCGAAGAGACCGAACUCGAUUUGACCUACAACAACCGGUACAAGGAAGUUCGUCUUCCGGACGCAUACGAGCGUCUCUUCCUUGAAGUCUUUAUGGGAUCGCAGAUUAACUUUGUGCGUACCGAUGAGCUUGAAUACGCCUGGAAGAUUCUGGAUCCAGUCCUUGCAGAAAUUGAUAAUGGCAAAGUGAAACCAGUCGAGUAUAAAUUCGGAAGCCGCGGACCCGAUGAGGCUGAUGAGCUUAUGAAGAAGUAUGGUUUCGUCUUCACAGGAACUUACAAAUGGGUUGCCCCCAAACUUUAA